GUAAAGAUGCUGUUUCUCUUCACAUUUCUUAAAUGGACUGGGCUUCGAAAAUCACUUCUGUAACACCAGUCAGCAGCCUGUGGAGCUCUAGGAGGGUACCUGCUGGCUGCCCAGCCCCCAGCAUUGUUGCACAUGGCUUUGAAACGCACAGCACAGCUCGUGUGGCCCAGGGGCACCUGCUGCCACCCCGCCUGCCGGCUCUGCCCCAGAUGCUGGUCCUCGCUGGUCUCUGGGACCUCUCCCGGCGCGGCUCCACCUCCUCCCUGAGGUCACUGUCCAGGCCUGUUUCAACUAGCCCCUCCAAGCCCUCCUUACCUGCCUCCUGUUUGGGUGAAACUUUGAGCAUCUCUAUUAACUUAGUUGGUAGCUCCGGUCCCCUGCAGUCGCCGGGGGCCCAGAGGGACACACAGAGGGAGACCACCUGCCUGGGUCCCUCCUGGCCGCCUCGCCAUCAGAGGUGGGAUGGGGAGCUCAGCGUCAGCCACAGUGCGCAAGGUGAAGAGUUUUGAUCCCUCGCAGAUCCUCAAGCCAGGCAAGGCGCCCAGCUUCUAUCCCAGGUAGCAGUCUCCUAUCCCAGGUCUCCGACGGCAAUCGCAACCCUGUGCCCAUGGAGGGCUUCCCCUGUCUAAGAGCCACUGGGAGUGGGAUGGGCUAAUUUCUCAGGCCGCUUUCUAUUGGG